CCUCUUCUCGCUGUGACUCUACUACCCCGGGCUGUUACCUCUUCUCGCUGUGACUCUACUAUAGAGGCGCGCGGAAGGCGAGCGUUGCUGUUACACCGGUCAGUCUGCGGGGUCUUCCCGCUGUAGGGUUAGCGUGGCUUGUUCAGAGCUAGAACCGUACUGAAAACCGGUCUGCUCUUGCCCUCGUGAGGGUGACUCAAUGACCGGGCCUGUGGCGCGAGCGCUUCUCGAGGAUAGGGCUGCAGGUUAACAGCCGCACAAGUCUCUUUAACCGACAGCAAAACGCUACAGACGGUCUGUGUGCGCGAUGACUCGUGGAGCAGGACUGCGCGGAAUGCCGACGUCGGCGGAGACAAGGGCGGUGUUUCGCUCUGCAGACGCGGUUUGCUUUGAUGUUGACAGCACGGUGAUCAGGGAGGAAGGUAUCGACGAGCUCGCCAAAUUCUGCGGCGUUGGUGAUGCUGUCACAGAAAUGACUCGCAAGGCCAUGGGAGGAUCUGUGAACUUUAAGACGGCCCUGACAGAGCGCCUGUCGAUAAUAAAGUGCUCCAGGGAGCAGGUAAACAAACUGAUAACGGACCACCCUCCUCAGCUGACUCCGGGAGUUAAGGAGCUUGUGGAAAGGUUGCAUCAGCGCGGCGUGGAAGUCUUCCUCAUUUCCGGAGGAUUCCGCUGUAUCGUGGAGCACGUGGCCACACAGCUCUGCAUUCCUCUGGAUCACGUGUACGCUAAUCGCCUCAAGUUUUACUUCAACGGAGAGUAUGCAGGGUUUGAUGAAACACAACCUACAGUGGAGUCUGGAGGCAAAGGCAGAGUGAUGCAUCUGCUGAAGGAGAAGUAUGGCUUCAAAAAAAUUGUGAUGAUUGGUGAUGGUGCCACUGACCUCGAGGCCUGUCCCCCUGCUAGCGCUUUCAUUGGCUUCGGUGGCAAUGUGGUCCGGCAGCAAGUGAAGGAAAACUCCUCGUGGUACGUCACAAGUUUUGGGGAACUGCUUAAAGAGCUUGAGAAGAUUUAGAACAUGGUGGUUUGUGAAUGUGCACUCCUGGAAAAUGUUUCACUUUGGGCUAAUUUUUGUUGUACAUUUUUCAAACUGCAUUAAAGGAUUGUCAUAUGACAUCCAAGUAGUGUUUACACACAUGAUGGGAUGCUAUUCAAUAACUGAUCAAAGUAACUAAUGUGAGAGAACUGAAGCCACACACUCAUUAUCUGUGGCUUUCUGGUUUAACAUUAAUGAUAUGGCUCUAAUCUUUGUUAAAGUUAUUAAAAGGUUUUUUAAAAACAAUUAUAAGGCUAUUUUAUCAAAUAUUUGCAAUUUGGGUAUCUCUGACACUUUGCUUUUCAUACCCACUGUAGAAAUAUUAAAAUAUCUAUUGAGUUA